AUGUCUGGCCUUCUCGGAAACGACAAGAAGCAGCAGGAGGGUGGCAUCGCUGACGGUGCAACCGGUGUAGCGAAGACCGGCACUGGCAUUCUCGGCAACACCCUGUCCGGAGUUACUAAUACUGUGGGCGGCGUUGUCGGCGGAGCCUCUCGAGGUUUAGGAGAGACUGUCAAUGCAGUCACUGGUGAUGUGGGCAAGCCCCUAGGUGAUGGAGUCUCCAACGUUGGCACCAGUGUCGAGGGUACAGGCCAGGAUGUGGCCAAGUCGGCGCGCGACGCCGGCCAGUGGAAGACCAACUAA